AUGCGAAAACAAGAGGAUGGAGAAUUUUUUGUGAAAAAAGCUAAAAAACUUCGUCGAAUAAGUGCAACUCAUUCAACAAGUGCAGAUAGUGGAAAUGAUCAAUAUCAUCGUCAAUUUUGGGAACACCCUAAACUUACGAAUAUUAUCAAUCAGCUGCAACAUGAAUUCCGUGACUAUAAGUACACGCUAUAUAGGUGCGCUGCUAAAUUUGUGACUUUACAGAAAUUGUUUUUUACUAACAACAUACCUUAUAAACUCAUAUUGGCUGUAAUGGACAGGCAUGGUAUACUUGAGGGUGAUGUUAAUUUAAUGGUGCCGCCAUUUCAAUUGACUUCAUUAAUCCAUGAUAUAUACUAUGCCUGUGACAAAUUGGGGCACUUCAAUGAAAUACUAGACUAUACAUUGGAAUCAGCCACAAAUUUGUUAUCAAAUUUUUUCUGGAAUAUCUACGAUCCUCACCGUCGUCAUUCAAUUUCAUUAAUGGAAAUCAAAAUUACUUUUCUAUUGCUUUGCAAAUUAUACCCCAACGAUAAUUAUAUACUUGAAACAUACAAGGCGGUUAGCUCAAAGAAGACUAAAUGUGUCUCAAAAUUAAAUUUUGAAUAUAUGCUUAAUACGUUGGUGAAAAUGUGGACAUACAUUGGUGAAGAAGCAGGCUAUGGUACUCAUAAUAUAUCAUUGAUCAUGGAACAAUCAUUCGCAAGAUGUCACAAUGCUUCGGGUUUAACGGACUAUCAUUACCAUUGCUUAUGGACAACAACGCAUACCAGAUUCUUGAUUUAUGCCAAUUUAAUAGCUCUUAUUAAACGAAUUGAAGAUACUGAAAAAUUAAUACAUUAUAAUGCGUGCGCUUCAUGCUGUUGUGCGACUAUAGUUGGUAUACGUUUUAAAUGUCAAUCUUGCAGCGAUUUAUCUUUAUGUUUAAAAUGUUUUGCAACUGGCUAUCAGACUAACAAACAUCAUGCUGGCCAUCGCAUGUGUGAAAUGUUUUCAGAGGAUUUACCUCCCAAGAAAUUUUCUAAUUAUUUCUCCAAAUUAUGCACCUUUUUAUGUUUUGCAAAAACAAAUGAAGAAACUCGGGGUUUUUGUAAUCCUAAUGAAUCCAUAACCUACAAUAAUACUGAAUUGAUUACGAUCAAUGCAAACGGUUCCUCUAGUGCUUCCACAUUAAAUAAGGAUGUUGUUGUUGACUUUGAAAAUGCUUUAAAUUCUCGAAAUAGUAAAACAUCACUAGAAUUUGCCAAAGGCAAGCAAGAAACUGUAAGCGCUUCUUUAACUCUUGCUACAACCACAUCGAAUGCCUUAAAUGUAUCGGAAAGACUUCAAAUUAUCAUUGAUAAAUUGCUUUUACAAAAUAGCAAAUUGGAGCAACAACUAAGCUGUGUACAAACUUCUACACCUGAAGAAAUAUCAAAAUUUUUAAGUGCACAUCAAAAAUUUUUAAUGGAAAUUAUUAAUGAAAUGCGAAACUUUUCGCAAACAUCAUCGUCAACGAUACAAUCUUCUACAAGGAAAUAUCCAUCGGCAAGUACACCAAAUCAAUCAGUUUUCUCUACUACGACAGAAAUGGGAAACUUUAGUUCCAUAUCGGGUAGAAAGGUGAAUGCUAGUAGCAACAAUAAAUUUGUUGGCAAUGUUGGCGAUUUAAAUAAUCUCAAGGAUCGCUUAACAUACUCAAUUAAUGGGGCCGAUUUAAACCGCAGUUAUUUGGAUGCAAAUAGAUCGGAUUACUCUCUUAGUGAUCUAAGCUGUUGGUUCAAUCAAAGACGUUUAUCUACCUUAUCGCCGUCUUUAAGUGUAGUGCCUGAGGUGAAUUCCGCACAAGUUUCACUUAUUGAUUAUAAAUCGGCAAACGCAUUAAUAUUGCAUGAUCGCGAUACAGAAAUGACGAAUUUUAAGCUUUUAUUGAAUAAAGUUAAAGAAAUUGUUGAAGAUUCUUAUACUGACAACGUUUUAGAUUCUAUAAUAAAAAGUGAGGAGUCGCGCAGUCAUUAUGAUCGCAUCGAAGAUAUAUAAAUAUUAAUAUAGCUGUUUAUGAAGCUUUA